GCGGUACAAGUAGUUAACAAUUUAACAUGCUUGUAAAUAGGUAUAAGUUAUUCAAACUAAACAGGUGCCUUUUCCUGAAUCGAGGAUGCAGCGUGCGACAACUGACAUGCACUCACCAAUCGACGAGGGAAACACCGUACGACGUGGUCGUCGUCGGCGGUGGUCACGCCGGGACGGAAGCAUGCACGGCUGCGGCGCGAAUGGGCGCCCGAACGCUGCUGGUAACGCACAAGCAGGCUACGAUCGGUGAAAUGUCCUGCAAUCCGUCGUUCGGUGGCAUUGGUAAAGGGCAUCUGAUUCGUGAGGUCGAUGCACUGGAUGGGGUUUGCGGCCGUUGCUGUGACGAAAGCGGAGUUCAGUACAAGGUGCUGAAUAAACGGCGCGGUCCAGCCGUGUGGGGACCGCGUGCUCAGAUCGAUCGGAAGUUGUACAAGCGGCAGGUGCAGCAAGAGCUAGCUGCUACGGGGAAUUUGGAAAUUGUUGAAGCUUCCGUUGAGGAUAUCGUACUUGAAUCGAAGAACCGUAUCAAAGGUAUUAGUUUGAAAAAUGGUGCGGUGAUAUUAACUAAGUCGUUGGUUAUUACGACCGGGACUUUUCUGCGAGGGCAGAUUAAUAUUGGGUUGAAAACGAUACCCGCUGGUAGGAUGGGUGAUGAACCGGCCAUUGGGUUGGCUAAGAGCUUAGAUGAACUAGGCUUUCGGCUUUCUAGGUUAAAAACUGGAACACCACCUAGAAUUAAAUCUAGUUCGAUAAAUUUUGGCAUUCUUAAUCGGAAUUCAGGAGAUAAUCCCCCAGUACCGUUUUCGUUCAUGAACGAUCGAGUGUGGUUAAAACCAGAGGAUCAGUUAGAUUGCUAUCUAACUGAUACAAACAUGGAAGUCAAUGAAAUUGUUAAGAGAAACCUGCACUGUAAUCGACACGUGACGGAGGAACUAACCGGUCCUCGUUACUGUCCAUCGAUUGAAUCGAAGGUGUUACGGUUUGGUGCCAAAACUCAUCAGAUCUGGUUGGAACCGGAAGGCUUUGACAGUGAUUUAAUUUACCCUAAUGGACUUUCCUGCACUCUACCAGAAGAGGAACAGGUGAAGCUGGUCCGAAGCUUGCGUGGCUUAGAACAGGCCGAAGUUGUACGGCCCGGCUACGGGGUGGAAUAUGAUUUUGUUGAUCCGCGCGAGCUUUUUCCGACGCUGGAGACCAAACGGGUGGAUGGGUUGUUUUUUGCCGGGCAAAUCAAUGGGACUACCGGUUACGAAGAGGCUGCCGCUCAGGGUGUGCUGGCUGGGGCGAACGCAGCGGCGAAGGUUCAGGGCAAAAAUCGGUUGACAAUCAGUCGAACGGAGGGCUAUCUUGGAGUGUUGGUGGAUGAUUUAACAACGCUGGGAACGAACGAACCGUACCGAAUGUUUACCAGCAGAGCAGAGUUUCGGCUCAGUUUACGGCCGGACAAUGCCGACUUGCGGUUAACAGAGAUGGGAUAUCGGCUGGGAUUGGUUGGAGAAGAUCGGUACCGAAAGAUGGUGGAUAUUAGAGAUAAGUUAGUUAAGGCGACUGAGUUACUUAGUGACAUUAAGAAGGGAAGCAACAUCUGGCGGGAGAAGCUGAGCCUUCCUUUGAGUAAAGCUAGUAUUUCUAAAAGUGCGUUUGAAAUGCUUGCGAUCGGCGCAGAGGAUAUAGCGACGGAGAGCCUCUGUAAUUUGGAACCGGAGGUACUUGGCUGGAUAAAAGAUGAUCCUAUACUUUGUCAAAGAUUGAGGAUCGAAGCUUUGUACAGUUUGUCUAUCCAGGAGCAAGCCAAAGAAGUGGAGGAAGUUCAAAGGCAUGAGCGGCUCCUUAUUCCUGGCUCAAUUGACUAUCUCUCGAAAACUCUUAAUCUGUCCUUUGAAGAACAGGAAAAGCUUGCUAAUAUUCAACCUCAAACGAUUGCAGCCGCCAGUCGAAUCCAAGGAAUUACUCCAUCAACCAUCGUUCGUCUUGUGCGAUAUGUAAAACAGCAAGAAAUGGCCGCAAGCUGUUAGUAAGUAUAGCCAAAACCAUUUCUACACAAAGAAAAUAUACUUUACUCGAGCUAAU